AAUCUAUUUCCAACGCCUCGGGCUAUCUUCUUUUUUAAAACCCACACCAUUAUUUCUGUCCGGGACAGAUAGGAAAUCUUACUUCUGGCCUUUGGUAUCAAUUUUCACCAAGCACUUCAUCUUCACUCGACUUUCUACCCGUUUCGCAUGACUCCCUAUUAUCUUUACGCCGAUAUCACGUAACACCAAUCAAUUGAGACCAUUUUAAUGGCUACACCCGAGACCAGGUUGGAAACCCUAGCGGACCAAAGGGAAAGUUUGAAUGAGUCCCCCCUCAGAUGCGACGAUGAUCACGUCAAUUUCCCCUCUCAAACCCCUGUCCAAACAACAGUUCCAGCUCCCGAAGAAAACGAUGGUGUCCGGCGUACGACAAGAUUGAAAAAGCCACCUUCUAGAUAUGAAGAAGAGUAUAUCAAUCUGACCUCCGAGACACCUACCCAACCAGCUAUCAAGCAAACCCGCCCGAAGCGGAAGGCCGCCCAAGUUGCUGCGGAUAAUAUCAUCCCGGAAGAUGUCGCCCCUAUCCUCGAAGAUGUCCUAAUUCAGAUGUAUCCAGAUGAGCGUAAGGAAUAUGAAGGUUGGGUAGAACUAGAAUCUGAACCCGGCUUCUUCAAUGCGAUGUUGCAAGAGCUAGGGGCUGAGGAUUUCAGAGUCCAAGAAGUAUACAGCCUCGACGCAGACACAUUAGGAUUGCUGCCAAAGCCGGUACAUGGGCUUAUAUUCUUAUUCGAAUAUGAGAGUGAUAAUGAGCCAAGCGAUGACAACCGCGAGAACUGUCCUGAUGGUCUCUGGUUCGCGAAUCAGACAACAGCCAAUGCCUGCGCUACUGUUGCGCUUGUGAAUAUCAUUAUGAACGCAGAAGACAUCAAUCUCGGCACUCAACUGCAGGAGUUUAAGGACUGUACUAAAACAUUACCACCGCCUCAUCGAGGAUCUGAUCUCGAUAGGAAUGACUUCAUUCGGGGUAUUCAUAACUCAGUUGCGAGUAAAAGGCGUAUCGAUCUCCUUGCUGAGGAUUUAGCUCUUGACAAUAAGUACGAAGAGUCAUUAAAGAAGAGAACACAGAAGUCCUCUCGCGCUAAGCGCUCGAAGGCUAGUGUCGAGACAAAUUAUCAUUACAUUGCCUAUGUACCCAAGAACGGCCAAAUAUGGGAACUUGAUGGCUUACACGUAAAGCCACUGCGCCUUAGUAAUAUUAUAGAGGGUAUUCAAGACUCGUGGCUCGAAACAGCGAGCACAGCUAUCCAGGAGCGCAUGGUGCGUAAUUCCGAGUUCUCAUCGUAUAGUCUCCUGGCGAUCUGCCAAUCGCCGCUUAAGACGCUAUGUACCGAGCUCGCAACGAGCCUUGCUUGUUCCCGCACAUUGCACGAACGCUUCAGCAAUGAUCCCGCCUGGACCAUCCCGGACCCGUCAGAGAUAUUCACCAACAUGCGCCCAGGGCAACGAAACAUGACGUCCGAGAGUCUCAAAAAAGCCGAGCUCACUGAAUCCUUCACGACCAAGACGAGCCACCCCGAGUUCGACACCGCGGCGGCGUUGCAGUUGGCUCAGGAACUAAAGAUGGAGCAGGACUCCCUCAAUGCACAGUACGUCGCCGAGCUGGCGACUGUGGACGAGGCCGUGGAGACGGUACGCGGGCGGCAGCGUGACUACACGCCAGCAAUACAUCAGUGGGUGAAGGCGCUUGCUGAGAAGGGGGUUCUCAGAGAGUUUAUUCAAGAGAUGGGGUAGAAUGUCUAAGACCCUAGAUAUCGUGAUGAUCAAUGCUACAAAGGAACCGGAGUCGGCGAGUUGGUGAGUGUUAUUUUUAACUAGAUAGUCCGACGACGUUGCGUUGCGUUACAUAGACCCGGCCUGAAGACGGCUUAUUCCUACCAAUGAUGUCUCACAUCAUCAUAUGCUGGAAGUUGUCCGUCCCCUACAGAAACUCAGACAACUUGAGAGGAGAGCAUUCGCCACUCUCCUUUUUGAGAUCCCCUACGAAUAAAUACCUUUCACCCCUAAAUAUAAAGUCAGAUCAUACGGAGCGGAGCAAAUCCGAAAGCGCCGUUCUAUUCGGUGUUAUCAUUCCAAUCUAUACCUAACCGCAUGCCGCGUAUGCUGCAUCAACGUCAACGUCCAC